GCGCUGGUUUUCCAUCCAGAGUAACCAGCUGGUGUAUCAAAAGAAGGCCAAGGACGCCGUGACGGUGGUCGUGGAGGAUCUCCGACUCUGCACGGUCAAGCUUUGCCAGGAACACGAGCGCCGCUUCUGUUUCGAGGUGGUCUCCCCUUCGAAAAGCUGCCUUCUUCAAGCUGAUUCCGAGCGGCACCUGCAGGCCUGGAUGUCCGCCGUCCAGAGCAGCAUUGCGUCAGCUUACAGCGAGGAACGUCCAGAACCCCUGGGGCAGCCCCUGGAACGCAGCACGUCUCUCACAGCAGCCACCCUGCAAUCCCCCUCCAGCCGGAAACUGCGGGGUGGUGUGGACAAGCACGUGGUGGAUCAGGUGCAGCGGCUGGAGGGCAAUGCCCAGUGUUGUGACUGCCGCGAGCCGGCACCCGAAUGGGCCAGCAUCAACCUGGGCAUCACGCUUUGCAUCGAGUGCUCCGGGAUCCACAGGAGCCUCGGUGUCCAUUUCUCCAAGGUGCGAUCGCUCACUCUUGAUGCCUGGGAACCUGAGCUGGUGAAGCUGAUGUCCGUGUUGGGGAAUCAUGUCAUCAACCAGAUCUAUGAGGCCCGGGUUGAGGAAAUGAAUAUGAAGCGCCCCCAGCCAGGAAGUUUGCGAUCUGAAAAGGAGGCCUGGAUCCGGGCCAAAUACGUGGAAAGAAAAUUUAUUACCAAGUUCCCCAACACUGGGAUGCAUCUGAGUCGCAGCAGAGAGCCCGUGGGGCAGGAGAGAGCCCCCAGGCCAUUCCCCAAGCCCAAGCCACCAGGCCAAAUCCGCCGGGGCACAGGAAAUCCUCAACCUACAAUCAUUCGUUCAGUGACUGUUCAAAGUUAUGACGGGGCUGAACAAAUGGUGGCUAUGACCGGUCCUC